AUCCACCCACAAUUACUCAGAAUUCACAAACAAUCGCUCUUCCCUAUCUCUGAUUUCGUUUGUCAUUUCUUUCUCUCCUCCUAACGGCUCUCUCCUCCUAAACGGUCAUAUUUCUCUCAAACCUGCAAAUUCAAAUCUGCGACAUCAAUGGCGAUACGGGAUUCCCCUCGGAGUGCCUCUUUGGAUCGGGUAAAAUGGCGGAAAGUGUACGCCGCCAUGGGGUACUUGUUGCGAACGCAGCAGGCGCAGAUUCAAUUCCUCCUUAAAGACAGGGAACUUCUUGUAGACAGGAUCAAGUUAGAACACGAACGCUGGGUUUCCAUGGUUAAAUUGUCGCAAGAUCAAACCGCUCAGGUAAAAUUGAAUUUUUUUUCGGUGUUCCCUGGAAUAAAGUUAGGGUUUUGGGGCGGNAGAAUGGAAAGUGAUUUUAGGGCAAAAAGAGCGAGAUGCUUAUAUGCUUAGAGAUAAACUUGAGAAAACAACUGAUGAGUUGCAGGGACUCAGAGAAUGUCAUGGCAUUCUUUCUUCUAAAUGCUCUGAGACAGAAGGUGUUUCUGACAAGAAAAAUGAGAAGGAGAAAAACAAGUCAUUAAUGAGCGAAUUGAGGAGGCUGAAACUUGAAAUCCAGCAGGUUUCUGCUAACAAAGACGGUGAAAUUUCAAGUCUGGUCAGGGAAAAGAGCUUCAUCUGGAACCAAUAUAGCACACUGGAGAAUCGCAUGAAUGAACAACUGAGGGUAAAAUGUGAUCAGCUUGAUACAGCUAAUGAAAAGAUCAAGUUGCUUAUGAAAGACAACGAGGAACUUCAAACUGCCUGCAACGAUUUGAAUAAUCAAAUGGCAAAUAUGGAAGCUGUAUUAGUUAAGCGAAACAGUGAGAUUGCCAGACUUUCUAGGGAAUUAGAGAAGUUGAAGGACAAAAGUGUUCCUGCAACACCUAUGCUGCAACGCUGCUCAACUAGGUCAGGAACCUCGCUGAGGGAGACAACCACCAAUGGAAUGAAAAGGAAGGGUGUAAAUCCGGCGAUUACAGUUUCAAUGAAUCCAACAGCUUCUGAGAAGGGAAAUGAGAAUUCGAAGAGGAAGCGAAUGGAUGACACCCCAAAACUGUUUUCUUCUUCGUUCAAAAUACCUAAAUUGAAGACCCCUGCCUCUCAGGUUGGAUAAUGAAUUGAUACGAUCAUCAUAUCCUCCCGAUCAAUCUUGUGCUUCUUUUUUCUCCGCAUUACGAAACUUAACUUGAAAUUGAGGUGUGUAUAUGUAUCUGGCUAUCUGCAUAUAUAGAAAGCUUGACAUAGCCCAUGUGUGUUAGGAUCAGUGGUUCAAAACAAACACUUUAAUUUAGAGAUGUUUUUUCACUAUAUUGGCAUUGUCUUGUCUGUCUACAAAUUGAUAUGAUCAAACACACAAUACGCACACACGCACACACACUUAUUACACAGGUACUUCACAGAACUAUAUGGCAAUGAUCAAAAGCAUAGAACCCAAGCUAGCAUAAACAAAAACCAACCCCACAUGGUUAACCUGUAUAAGACCACAACAAGAAAAGGAAGGCGAGGAGGAAGAUGAAAAACGCUCGAUAACGGACCAUGGCAGGAGGCAGGACAAGCAGCAAAAGCAACCCCCAUAGGGAACCCGAACGGCCAUUAACAGUACUACUUCUCAUGGGCUGGGACAUCGGCCUUCUUGUCAGCCAAC